AUGGUGUUUGAGUCUGAAGAGCGCUACGAUGCGCCCUAUAAGCGCAUUGUGCCGGUGCAGCAGAAGGACACUCGACUUGCUAAGGAUUUUAUGCUCCAGCGAUGUCUUGGGCGAGGAGCUUUCGGCGAAGUAUACCAGGCGCGCAACAAGCUUGAUUGGAGUGACUAUGCCGUGAAAUGUAUUCCUCUGGAUCUUACGGAUGAAGUGUAUUCCAGAAAGAUUACUCGUGAGGCGAAGCUUUUUUCCAAGUUAAAUCACCCCAAUAUUGUUCGUUACUUCAAUGCUUGGAUUGAGAAUGUUGCGACAUUGCGUCAGGAAAGUUCUAGUUACUCGACCUCAUCGGAAUCCGAGAAUUCACCACCACGUUUGAUUGCCAAAAAACUCGAUUUUGAUGAAGAUGAAAAAUAUCGUUGCUUCUGGGCAAAUACGCAUCUUCGAACAAUCUCUAAUCUGUCUGUUUUAGAUUCCCUAUUACCAUCGCGUCUUCAGAACAUCGAAGUAGCUGCAGGAGGACUACAGGUUGAUGCCAACGAGUGGACAGCGAGCUGCAAAGGGAAAGAGAGGCCAUCUUCUUCCGAAGAAGAAAGCAGUGAAGAUGAAUCUGAACAAGUAAGACCGAACGCUCGAAGCACAGAUGCGGAAUCUAGCAUUGAUAUUUUGUUCGAAAAUGAGGAUUCUUCGUCUGCUUCAAAAACGCCAACUUCUCAAAGUGAAGAUUUGGAGCCAAGCUCUUUCCACAGUCCUGAAAGCGGGCCAGCAAAAGCUAUGGAACUCUCUCACCUUAUUAGCCCCACGAGCCCAGUUGGUCUUGAACGAAUCCUAUUUAUUCAAAUGGAAUAUUGCGGAGGAGGGACAUUGAGGAAAUACAUUGAUGACUGCCAUACCGUUGGCAAGCCGAACGUAAUUUGGAAACUUUUCGCUGAAAUUCUCAGUGCACUAGGCUACAUUCAUCGUCAGGGCAUGAUUCAUCGCGAUGUUAAACCGACAAAUAUUUUGCUAGACGUCGAGGGACAUAUUAAAAUUGGAGAUUUUGGUCUUGCCACCAAAGGUUUGCUUCUCAAGAGGUCCCAGACUCCAGCUUGUGCGUCCACUUCCGAAAGUGUGGAACAAGCGUUGACAAAGGAUAUUGGUACUGAGUUGUACAUGGCACCUGAAUUAUUCGAUGUGAACAAUUCUGAACCUUACACUUCUAAGAUUGAUGUGUACAGUACUGGAGUAGUAUUUUUCGAAAUGUGUUAUCAUCCAAUUGCAACAGGAAUGGAACGUCACGCCAUCAUUAACGAAGUGAAAAAUUACCUUACCUUCCCCCCUGAUUUUGGAGAUGGAUUUAGUAUGGCGCAGGCGAGACACAUACGAAGCCUUAUCUGUAAUAUGUUGGAGUCCGAAGCUGAGCUCAGACCGAGCGUUGAAGAAAUAAUGCGUGAUAGCCUUGUCCCUCUCGUUGACUAUGAAGACAAGCAAUUCAAGAACAUUUUCAACGUAUCGAUGAAGAAUCGCAAUAGGACCUACUAUUGGGUGCUUGAUACAUUAACGAAAGAAGAACAACUGCCAGCUCGCGCUUAUUGUUACGAUCAGGAUAUCUGCAAGGAGAAGUUCGCUGGCGGAAGGGAUGGGUACUUUGAUCGCUUAAGAGAUGACCUGUCGUCAGUCUUGAGGAUGCAUGCCUUCGUCCCGUUGUAUACUCAUCUCCUUGUGCCAAAAUCUAAAAAUGCCUUAGAGUCGUGGGCAUCGAUGCGAGCCAAACCAGCCGUUAUGAUGGACACUCAUGGGAAUACAGUGAUGCUUCCGGUGAGCAUCUUAUCUGCCGUUCGUUGUUUUCUUUUUGCUUUUUUUUUGGAAAACAAGUAACU